GUGCCUUAACAGUAAGCUAAUUGUAGUUGAUCAUUUGUAUCUUUCUUAAGCAUAUUCAUUUUCAAGAUGAGUGGUCACGCAGUCAAAGAUGUCAACCUUAACAAUAACUCACGAGGAAUUUGGCUUGUUAAGGUUCCCAAGUUCCUUCAACGGGAAUGGAGCCAAUAUAAAGAAAGCACAGAAGUUGGACGCCUGACCAUUACAAAGCAUCCUCAGAAGAGAUCAUCAAAUAUUGCAUUUUCCUUAAAUGAAACUUUGGAAAGCGUUAAAAAAAUGCCCAGACAACACAAAUUUAUUCAACACGACCUUAAACAGUGUCUGGGAGUUAUUUCUGAAACUGUUGAUACCACGCCGGGAUGCGAGCCUGGCUCAACCAAAGUCUCUUUGGAGGGAAAAAUAAUUCAGAAGUUUGAGUGCCAACCUGUCAUGGACGCCGACUACGUUCGUCUGAAGCAAGAAGUGAUGAGAGCGGCCGCUACUCCUUUACGAACAUCCAUUGCCAUUGAUAGACCCAUCAAUGUCUUCAAGCCUAUCUCACGUCACCAGCACACGCUCGAAGACAGAGAUCGCAGCAGUAACGUCAACAAGAACUUCAGAGCUGAUCGAGACAAGGUCCUUGAGAUGAUUUUUGCUGCUUUUGAGAAGCAUCAGUAUUACAACAUCAAAGACUUGCAGAAAAUCACCAAACAACCGAUUACGUUCCUGAAGGAGAUCCUGACUGAGGUUUGCAGUUACAACAUGAAAGCUCCACACCGCAACACAUGGGAGCUCAAGCCCGAGUACCGACAUUACACAAAGCAAGAAGAACAAGCGCUAGACUGAAACUUUCCCACACUGUUAGUGUCGCCAAAAUGUGGUAUCUGCUUAUGGAUACUGUAGUUGGAUAGACUUAUAUGAUUCUAAGGCAUGAUUUUUGUAAAAUUGUGAUUAUUUUACGGCAAGGAUUGUUGAACUUUGUUAGUGUUGAGAACACGAACUCACGGGCGAUUUUUUUUUUUCAGUACAAUGUAGUACAAUGAGACUUAUUAAAAUAAUCAAUUUAGAUUUCGAAGUUUUCAGUUGUGAAGAAUGUGUCAAAAAACUGGUGUUCACUAGUUGGAAUUUUUAAUCCCGGAUAUUUCAGCCUGAUAAUUCAGUGAAACGGUUAAAUGGUCUUUGAUAGAGGCACCCACUUAUCAUUUCAGAGAUUGAUUGGGCAGUAGAAUGCAAUGUAAUUCUAAGACACCUGUCCCAAAAAUAUGUCUCUAGGAUAUUUGAUUAACUAGAUGAUUGCUUGUCAAAUUUUUUCUGCCGUUGAUCUACUAAAUGACUGCUUGUCGAAUUUCUUCUGUCGUUGAUCAACUAAAUAAUUGCUUGUCAAAUUUCUCGCUGCUAUUUUAGAUAUUCUUUUGGAAAGUUAUUUCCAAUUGGUUUUUUGUUACACUUAUUUACAUGAUGAUCAUCUUUGUGGAAUUCCAAUAUUCCUGUUCAUCAUGAUUGCAGUUUAAGAUUGUUCUGUGAAUACAACGUACAAUAUUACGGAGGAACUUUGGAAUGCCUCUGUCUAGCCCAUCUUCUGCUAGGCGAUAUCAAACUUGUAGAGCCAUGAUAAAUUCAAAUGUAAUGCUCCCGUAGGGUUGCUUUGUGUUAUCUUGAUUCACUCAUUCUGUAACUGUUGUCUUUAUUCUUAUUUCACUCAAUUUAUUAUCUUCACUACAAGAAUGAUUAUUAAAAAAUGCUUUCUUCAUUUAAUAUUGGAAAUAUUUUUUCAAACAGUAUUUGUGAGAAGCCCUAUUUGCACGCUUCAGUACAGCGCUCUAAUGUAGCUUUAGAGGCUCUAUUACAUCCCCUGUAUCACUAAUCGCUCUCAGCAAAAAAGUAAAAUGUUUCUUCCUCUCGAAACGACAUUCAUGACGUAAUUUUGAAAGUUGUUAAUUUUUUUUUGCUAGCGGAACAUCGUGCUUGACAUUUCCAGUCUGAGUUCGAAUAAAUGUUGAGUUCAC